AUGUCCGCGGAGGGCGGCGGCUACUCGCCGUGUCCGGCGGAGGCGCUGCCGGAACUGAGCGCUGCGGAGCUGGCGAUGAGCCUGUCGCCGAAGUCGGCCUUGCUGCAGCAGAACCUCUCCCAGCUGCAGCUCCAGCACUCGACUCCGUUCUCCGUGACCGAUAUCCUGUCGCCGAUAGAGGAGUACCGCAAGCUGGAGCUGGCGAACAACCCGCCGUCGCCGUACAGGGCACAUCGGACAGCCUAUGACGUGAAGGCGACCGAUGAUUUCAUAGAUUAUGCCCAGCUAUCAGUAGACAGGUCGAAUUCUUCAGGCAGCAGUAUUAAUUCUCCCCUCGGUCCCGCCGCAUCCUGCGGGAUGACGGCGAACCCUUACGCGGUGCCCCUGUAUGGGGGCGCCCCGGUCCAGGGCUAUGGGUGUGCACCCACGGACCUGCCCCACUACGGAGACAUGCGAGGGGCUGGCUGGUAUCCAGCUUCCAACGACCCCAGGUUUGCCAUUUCCAGGCUGAUGACUUCAACGUCGGGGGGAAUGGGUCAUGUCAAUAACAUGGGCGGGCUGGCGGCGUGUGCGGGUCCUGACGCCAAGCCCAUGCAAUUCCCGUUGGCGCAGCGGCGGAAGAGGAGAGUGCUCUUUACACAAGCCCAGGUUUACGAGCUGGAGCGAAGAUUUAAGCAGCAGAAGUAUCUGUCGGCACCGGAGAGGGAGCACCUCGCCUCGCUCAUUCACCUAACGCCGACCCAAGUCAAAAUAUGGUUUCAAAAUCAUCGUUACAAAUGUAAGAGACAAGCUAAAGAGAAAGCAAUGGCGGAACAGAACCAACAUAAUCAGGUAACGUAUUGCCCGCAGUCGUCAUCGUCGCCGCGACGGGUCGCAGUUCCCGUGCUGGUGAAGGACGGCAAGCCGUGCGGGGCGGGCGAGUCGUCCUCGCCGGCGCACAGCCACUGCGCCACGCCUACCUCCGGGUACUCGGCCCCUCAGGGCUCGCAGGCCGCCUGCAGCAACCCGCUGGUCUCCUCGUACCGGCAGCCCGCCGCAUACCAGCAGCAAUGCUCGGGAUACCUGCCGCUACAGGGUCGAGCCUGGUAGAAAUUCCCACAGCUUUACCACGAAACAAUGUUCAAGGAGGAGAUGUAUUUUGAUUGAUUUCAUUAAUAUUUUAAUUUGGUGUUUACAGUUUGUUUUCAUACGACAUUAGACACAAUUUCACUCAAUUUCUACUAUAAUCU